AUAUGCCUCAACACAAUUACGGAAGGUGGAAGAAUUGAUUGCUGCAAGCAUACGUUUUGUCUAGAUUGUAUUAAGCAGUGGUCAAAGGUAGUGUAUUUCGCCCGAAUUUUAUUUUUAAGAGUUCAAAUCACUGUCCUGAGUGCAGAAAGGCUUUUCACUAUAUAACCCCUUGUAAAGUUUUUAAAAAUGAAGAAGAACUUCAGAGCAACUACUCCAUGCAUUCAGAUAAUUUCGAUUCAUCGAACGGAGAGAGGAUCGACAUCACCGAUCUCCAGUGUAAUAUUAGAGGAAGCGGAUUGCUGA